GAGAGAGCUUUCACGAGCGACAGCCUGUCCAUCCGCGCAUCCACCGUUGUCCUCCCUCUUCCACCACCACCACCUCGUCCCGCUCCGCCCCGCCCCCUUCGACGCUUCCCCGGCGAUGGCCUCUCGAAGAUUAGCAUUGAGUCUCCAGACGGGACUGCGUGCUCAGCGCGCCAUCAAUGCCGUCAGACCCAGCAUCACCCGCAGAGCCCUCGCGACUCCUGUGAGCCAUGGAGCCACCACCGAAUCCACCACGCUGAGCAACGGCUUCACGAUCGCUACGGAAUACUCUCCUUAUGCCCAGACUUCUACCGUUGGCGUCUGGAUUGAUGCGGGUUCGCGCGCAGAAACAGACAAGACCAAUGGUACCGCACACUUCCUCGAGCAUCUUGCCUUCAAGGGCACCCAAAAGCGCAGCCAGUCGCAAUUGGAGCUCGAGAUUGAGAACAUGGGUGGCCACCUCAAUGCCUACACCUCCCGAGAGAACACCGUCUACUACGCCAAGUCCUUCAACAGCGAUGUGCCCGCCUCUGUGGACAUCCUCGCCGAUAUCCUGCAGAACAGCAAGCUCGAACCAUCCGCCAUUGAGCGCGAGAGAGACGUCAUCCUCCGCGAGCAGGAAGAGGUGGACAAGCAGCUGGAGGAGGUCGUGUUUGAUCACUUGCAUGCAACUGCUUUCCAAGAGCAGCCUCUCGGCCGCACAAUCUUGGGCCCCAGAGAGAACAUUCUCAGCAUCCAGCGCAGCGAUCUUGAGAACUACAUCAAGACCAACUACACCGCGGACCGCAUGGUUCUGGUGGGCUCCGGUGGAGUGCCACACGACCAGAUGGUCCAGCUCGCCGAGAAGUACUUCUCCAAGGUCCCAGCAUACAACCCCAACGCACAAAACAACGCCUUCGACCGUGCACUCGGAGCGAAGCCGGAUUUUGUUGGAUCGGAGGUCCGGAUAAGAGACGACACCAUGCCGACCGCUAACAUCGCCAUUGCAGUCGAGGGUGUCAGCUGGAAGGAUGACGACUACUUUACCGCACUCGUCACUCAGGCCAUUGUAGGGAACUGGGACCGCAGCAUGGGUAACUCCCCAUACCUAGGAUCCAAGCUCUCCACAUUUGUUCACGACCACAAGCUUGCCAACUCUUUCAUGUCCUUUUCGACUUCCUACUCAGACACUGGUCUGUGGGGAAUCUAUCUUGUCACUGAUGCCGUCACCCGCAUCGAUGAUCUCGUCCACUUCACUCUCCGCGAAUGGUCCCGCCUAUCCUUCAACGUGACCGAAGCCGAGACGGAGCGUGCCAAGCAGCAACUGAAGGCUUCCAUCCUCCUCUCUCUGGAUGGCACGACCGCAGUCGCAGAAGACAUUGGACGACAAAUCAUCACAACCGGUCGCCGACUUGCACCGGAAGAGGUGGAGCGAGUAGUGGGCGCCAUUACCGCCAAGGAUGUCAUGAGAUUCGCCCAGGAGAAGUUGUGGGACCGUGAUAUUGCGGUUUCGGCUGUCGGCCAGAUCGAGGGUCUUCUUGACUACAGCAGAAUCCGCGGCGAUAUGAGCCGAAAUAUGUCAUAGAGAAGAGAAAGAAGAAGCAGCGGUAGUCGAAGGUAGGGGCUGAAGCAAAUAAGAGAAAUCACAGUGUAAUCUUAUAGAAAAGACCUCCGCCCUCCCCGCCGACCGAGUCUGUAGUUUUGUCUGUUGAUCCUCGGGGGCGACUGAUGAGAUGUAGAUUCCUUGUGCGAAGUGUAGAUAUAUACCUAUGUUACUCUUGAGCU